CGGGACUGGAACCGGGCGGCGGGGGGCGAGGCUCGGGGCCAUCAGCUCUGCGCCCCCGGCCCCCCGUCAUCCAGAGCGCCGCCGCCUCCAUGCUCCCCGCGGAGUCCCCUGCGAACUCCGAGCCUGCUCAGUGCCAGGGAAGUGCGGGAGCUUCAGACAGGAGGGAAAGGAAGGAGCCGACCUGGGCACGGGGGUUUGGCACCUCCCGCCACGCAUGCAAGACCAUCUCAGACAUGUAGAAAAAGAUGUUUUGAUUCCUAAGAUUAUGAGAGAGAAGGCCAGGGAGAGGUGUUCUGAUCACGUGCAAGACUUCACCAAAUGCUGCAAAGACUCUGGCUUUCUUAUGGUGGUAAAAUGCCGGAAAGAAAAUUCGGCAUUAAAAGAAUGCCUAACUGCACACUACAGAAAUCCAGAUUUUUAUGAAGAAUGCAAAAUGGAAUAUUUGAAGGAAAGAGAAGAAUUCAGAAAAACUGGAAUUCAUUCUAAGAACAGGUUGCAGAAGCUUCCUACCAACAUUUAGCAAAAUAGCUAAUUAUGAAUCAUUUUUACCCUAAUUUCAAUGGCAAGAGUACGAGGUGCAAGAAGCCAGUAUCUUUGGUUUUGCCCCUUAAUAUCAUGGAAAUAUUUUUGUUGUUUGAAAUAAAUAUCUUUUAGUAAAUUUCUCUAACCUUUAAAAUUCUAAUUCAUUGGUUAGAAUAUGACUGAAUGAUGGAAGGAAUGUUUUUAUGAAUAAGAUGGAAGAACUGUCUUUCCCUCCAGAUGAUGGACCUCUAAGAUCUGCAGCUUGUUACCUUCACUUGUCCAGAGUUUCACACUGCUUCCCCUCUGUUGUACUAUGUUCUUAAACACCUUUUAUUCUUGAGCUGUUUCAUAAAUGAAUGGCUGUGUGUGUUUCCAUCCACAACUUGAUAAUAAAACGUGAAGGCUUCUUCCCUUGGCAUACGCUUCACCCCAGUGCCUGUUCCGUAGUGAGUUUCCAUCAGUAUUUAAUCAGUGUGAGUACCAUUCACUUAGGGGAGUGACCCGAACAAAGCGCCAGCAUCAGUCGCCUUUCACACUUGCUAGCCUGAAGGGUUGAUACAGAUGUUAUGAACUUCAGCCAGUCUGAUGGGGCGGGGGAGGAGUGGGUUGUUUUCAGGCAUCGGUCUUAGGUUCUGUCCUAGGUGUGUUCGCAGCCAGCUUUCUUUUUGUUUUCAUUGAAUACGCAUCCCUUUGGCUGGCCAGCUGCUGCUUGGUUAGAGUGACAGUGAAACUCACUUUAUGUGACAAGAAGAUAAGGAUCAGAGAGAAGGGAAAGAGAAUAGAGUUGUAUACGAUGGAAAUGCACGUCUAUUAUAAUGCAAAGUCAUGGUUUAUUUAAAUACAUUAAGUUAUCUUUCUUUUCAUGGUAGUAACUGAGUUUAUAAUACAAAUCUUUUGGAGGAAGUAUGAUAUAAUGUAAAGUAAGUUUAAAUAUAUUUUUAAUUUGAAUGAGCUCAUUGGGGCAGAGGCUGUGCCUUGCACCUUUCACCCUGUAAUGCUUCAUAGUAAGUACUCAAAUCCUUGAUCUCUGGUCAAUUUGGAAAGAUUUUCUUGUUUUAAAAAGUCUUUCUUUGUUCAUGUUUUGCCAUUGUGUGAUUAUAAUUAAUUACCCCUUAGAAAACUUA